UAAAAAGUAAGGCUCUCAUGAAGAUCAUGUCUUCGAACAAGGGGAUGACCUGUGAGAAGCGUCCUUGAUGGACCAACGAUGAAUCCGGUCAUCACAGUCAACGUGGCAUUGCUGAGCGGUGAAAGUGAAAUACUGUCAGUGCCACUGUCCUCCAGGACCUUCGAUUGGCACUUAACCAGAUUGCGGACUUGAAGCUGGCGGCCCAAAAGAUCUUCCAGUGUUGCUUCCUGUGCCUGCUGAGUCCCGCGGGGAACAGUUUACAGUUGGACUGCCUAGUAGAGCAUCAACUGCACGAGGGUGACACCAUUACGGCUUUGCGACAAACACCCCAGGUGGUCGCCACGGACCAAGCGUUUGCACUGUGGAUCCCUGGUUCUCGAUGUGUGACCUGGGGGGAAUCCUUAUUUUGGAGGCGAUUGCAGUUCCGUGCAAGAUCAGCUCUGGAAUGUUCAAGAGAUGAGUGCUUCACAAUCUGCCUUUGCAGCCCUUCUUGGAGAUGGACGUGUUCUGACAUGGGGAAGUGGGCUAAGUGGCGGCGACAGCAGUGGUGUCCAGAGUCACCUGAGCAAUGUGCAGAAGAUUCAUGCCACAGCUUCUGCCUUCAUCGCAACUUUGGGUGAUGGAAAAGCUGUGACCUGGGGCAUUCCACAUGGUCAUCACAUCCAAGACCUUCUUUUGCAUGUGCAGAAGGUUCGUGCCACGAUGCAGGGGACCUCUGCGGCGAUUCUGGGUGAUGGAUCAGUGCUUACUUGGGGUUCCCCAGGCUAUGCGGCCAGCAACGAGAUGCGGCGCCAACUUCACCAUGUCCAAGAGAUUUCGGUCACUGAUCAUGCGUUUGCAGCCCUGAACGGUGAUGGACGCAUUGUCACUUGGGGUGUCCCGGAAUUUGGUGGAAAUAGCAGCAGUGUGCAGGAAGAGCUGCACCAUGUGCAGAAGAUUGUGGCGACGUCUGGAGCGUUUGCUGUUAUUGUUGGUGAAGGAAGAGUUGUUACUUGGGGGAAGGAAGAAGGUGGUGGCAACAGCGAGAAGGUUCAGGAUCCCUGAUAAGGGGGUCACAUUCGACGUUCAUUGAAGCGAUGCGUUGAUCCAAGUAUAGUCACAUCCGGUGUUUUCAAGCUGCCUCUAAGAUUACUGGUUUUGAGACGUUUUGAAACCAACACCUGAUUCAGGAUCAUCUACGAAAGGUGAAGGAUAUUUAUGCAACGAGAUCUGCCUUCGCAGCAGUCCUUGAAGAUGGUCAAGUGGUGACAUGGGGCAACCAGAGGUCGGGUGGUGACAGCAGCGCAGUUCAAGAUCGACUGAAAGAUGUACAGCAGAUAUAUUCCACCAACACGGCCUUCGCAGCCCUUUUGAGUGAUCUAAGCAUUGUGACAUGGGGAAAUCCCCUUGAGGGAGGUGAUAGCAGUGACGUACAGCAUCAACUUCGAGAGGUUCAGACGAUUUCAGCCAACAAAUGUGCCUUCGCCGCCCUCCUGAGCGAUGAAACCGUCGUGGCUUGGGGAGACAAGACCAAUGGUGGUGACAGCAGCAGCGUUCAACACCAGCUGAAGGAUGUCAAGCAGAUUUCUGCUGCCAGCUAUGCUUUCCUGGCCAUCGGCAGUGAUGGCAUUGUUGUGUGGGGCAAUCCAGGACGUGGCGGUGACAGCCGCGGGCUUGAAGAUCAGCUGCAGUA